AAGAGAGAACAACUCGGAGACCUAUUCUUGAAAGAAAAAAAGUUGCGUAGUCUCUUUCGGAAGUGCCAUUGCCUACCUGCAACAUGGCCAAAGUUGAAAGGGAAAAUGUUUAUAAUCAAGCUGUUAUAAAAUGUAAUGUAAAUUGUCUUAUCUGACAACAACAUGCAUGUACAAUGUUAGUGUCUGCCCUGACCAAAAUUGACCGCAUAAUCUGGUCAUUUUUCAACUUACACAACAUUAAUCAAUAAUCUCACCAGCUAAAUCAGAAAACCAUCACUUUUCCCUUGCAGCAAUUCUACAUUCUAGAUUCUCUCUCGCGCCAGACAUGAAAAGAUCACACUCGACCUAAAUUGACAAUAAUGGCGCCCAAGGUAGUUGUUGUUGAAAAUCACCGUAGUUACGAAAUCACCAUAUAUGGAGAAAACCCGCUCCAGGCUUCCGGCCAUAUUGGACCGCAACGUCAAAACAUGGACACUUCGGGCAGAUCACGGAUGAAGAAAAUCGAGGAUAUUCCAUGGUACCACCAUAACUUGACAAGGAACAGUACUGAAGUUUUACUUCUUUCUUAUGGACGCCAAGGAAGUUAUUUAAUCAGACCAAGUAAAACCAACCCUGGACAUUACACUGUGUCAGUCAAGAGCCUUGAUUCUAUAAAGCACUUUCCACUGGUUCUUCAAGGCACAAAGUUUGUGUUUGGAAUAGGAGAAUUUAAUAAUGUUGAGCAGUUGAUGGAGCAUUUUCAGAAUUAUCCCAUCAUUGGAGGAGAAACAGGACAGCCUGUUACUCUUUCUCAUCCGUAUCCUUCCGAGGUUGAAGAGCCAUCAGUAUAUGACGAUAUAAGCAGACAUGCAGUCUGUGGGAGCUCUUUUAACCACCACCGGCCCUUGUCUACUUCAAAUUCAUCUGAACAGGAACCAAAAGAUAUCAACUGGACUGUUGCCUCCAAGGAAGGCUUUCUUACCAAACAAGGAGCCAUUCAUAAAAACUGGAAGAGAAGAUGGUUUGUCACAAAUAGAAACACGCUGCAAUACUAUAAUGAACGAGGGGAUAAGAAACCUAUCAGAGUACUUGAUCUUCGACUUGCAGAAGAAGCCUCUAAAAACAACACAUGCGGAAAGCCAAAUGCCUUUAGCUUAGUUUUCCCCUAUAGAACAUUUCUUCUUUGUGCAGACACUGAGCAGGAAAUGCAAGAAUGGAUUGAUCUGCUGAAAUGGAAACUUGACAAAAUCAAGCACAAAAUGCGCAGUGGUAAGUUGUUCCUGCCAAUGAUUACACUAGGACAUGCAUUUAAAAAAAAUAGUGUGUUCAUGCACAGUUAAAUAACAGUGUUAUGUCCUUUGCUUCAAACAUUACAAAAUUACAAAAUUUAGUUGCACAGGUUUUCUUCAAUCCUUUUUUUAAAUUUUUUGUAAGAAUCUUAUUGUUAUCUUUCUUUAUUUGUGAUACUUAUUUGUUUCUUUGCUUAGUAACUGUUUGAAAGUUGUUCCUGGUGCUGGAUGACAUUGUGCUGGUCAACAGGCAUACAAGAGGAUUCUUAAAUAUUUUGUGAAUAGCUAACAUAAUGUUAGUACUGUUCUUAAGUUAUGUGUACCACAGUUGUAGUUAUUUAUUGAGGUUUAGUUACAAACAAGACAGCAGUAUUAUGUAAUCUGUACAUUUUCAUUCUGUUGACUGCUUAAUUAUAUUUUUAUGCGCUAAAGAACAGAAAGAAUAGAUGUAUUUGAAUUAGCGUUUUGUUCAUUUGGAUAAUAGGUACUGGACAAGUUUUGCUAAUAUAUGACCAGGUGCGUGAAAUUCUCAGAGGUCUAUAAACUACCAAAACAACAUGCACAAAGACAAAUAUUCCUCAAACGGACCAAACUAUCAUUAACAUAGCUAGUUUUAAACUACCACUUUAAAAAUACGAUCAUCCAUUCUCAGCAAAUGUACAUGCAACAGUGAUAUAAACAGAUACUUGCAAAUUAAUUCCAAACAAAAAUUGUUUCUCAAACAAUUUUCUCUCUUUUUAAAAGCAAAUUGGUGAAAAUAAUUUGUGACUGAUCAGUCACUGCAGCUUGUAUUGUAGCUUUCCAAAGCUUAGAUGCUGUGUAUAAGUAUAAUUUAUUCAUAUAUGCCCUGUUUAGUUUCUGUGUAUUUUCAUUGUUAUCAGUACUUUGAAUUGCCAAAUUCAAUUCAAAAAAAUUCUCACAACCACUAUAGAAUAUAUUUUGAAAUCCCUAAAAACAUAUUUUAAAAUUUAACUGAAAAAUAAUCUAUUAAAAUUAUGAUCCUGUUUAAAAUUCACA